AUAAGAUGGUAAUGAACUGUAUUUCGAUUUUUAUGCUUGAAAAAGUUUUACACUGAACGAAAUAACCUCAAGUUGACCUUGACUUGAAUUUUCGAGACCGGAGUCAUGGCACUACAGAAAUCCCUUGUUUUGUCUUCACUUGUGCGUAAUAGCACACGAACAGCUUCUGUAGUUUUGCAGACAAGGCCAGGGUCAUGGUGGACAGGGGUAGAGAUGGGACCUCCUGAUCCCAUUCUGGGAGUAACUGAGGCAUUCAAGCGUGACGACAACCCAAAGAAGAUCAAUCUUGGUGCAGGUGCUUACAGAGAUGACAACGGCAAACCAUUUGUGCUGCCCUCUGUCAAAAAGGCAGAGAAAAUCAUGAGUGAGGGUAACUUUGAUAAGGAAUAUGCACCAAUUGGUGGCCUUGCGGAUUUCUGUAAUGAGGCAGCAAGGUUGGCUUUUGGAAAUGACAGUCCAGUGUUGGCUGAAAAAAGGAAUGCCACGGUACAAGGUAUUUCUGGCACAGGAUCUCUGAGAAUAGGAGGAGCCUUCUUUAAUAAGUUCAUGGGCAACAAAGACUUCUACCUACCCACUCCAACCUGGGGAAACCAUAUUCCCAUAUUUGGGCAUUCUGGUUUAAAUGUCAAGUCCUACAGGUACUACAACCCUGCCACUUGUGGUCUAGACUUUGAAGGAGCAAUUGCUGAUAUAAGCAAAAUCCCAGAGGGCUCCACAGUUGUACUGCAUGCAUGUGCCCACAAUCCUACAGGUGUUGACCCCAAGCCUGAACAAUGGAAGGAGAUUUCAAAGGUAAUGAAGGAUAGAAAAUUGUAUCCAUUCUUUGAUAUGGCCUACCAAGGUUUUGCCACUGGAAAUGUUGAUGGUGACGCCUUUGCCGUGAGACAGUUUAUUGAGGACGGUCACGACCUAGCACUCUGCCAGUCAUUUGCCAAAAAUAUGGGACUCUAUGGUGAGAGGGCUGGAGCAUUCACAUUAGUGUGCAAGGACAAAGAAGAGGCAGAUAGAUGUAUGUCUCAAUUGAAGAUUAUAAUCAGACCUAUGUAUUCCAACCCUCCCAUCCAUGGAGCACGUAUCGUCACUACUAUUUUGACCAACCCUGAACUUCGAAAAGAAUGGCUGGUUGAUGUUAAAGGAAUGGCAGACAGGAUCAUUAGUAUGCGUGAACAGCUGACAGCUAACCUAAAGAAAGAAGGCUCCUCAUGUAAUUGGAGUCACAUCAUUGACCAGAUUGGAAUGUUCUGUUUCACUGGACUCAAGCCAGACCAGGUUGCAAGUCUAACAAAUGACUACUCUGUGUAUCUGACCAAAGAUGGCCGUAUCUCUGUCGCAAGUAUUUCUUCAAAGAACGUCGACUACCUAGCAUACGCAAUGCACCAGGUCACAAAAUAAAUCCUGACAGUACUCUCUAUAUAUUAUAAGACAGUGAUAUAUGAAAAUUAUUUCUCAGAAAAUAAAUUUCCCAAAAACACAAAUUUUAGUGAAAAAUUGUUGAAUUUUGCGCUGAAAAAAUUAUGAUAUUAAACUUAGGACUCGAGGAGACGAUGAAUAUUUUUGGAAUAUCAUUUGAGUCUCACUACGCAUUGUGAGAGCAGACCUUGGACUUAAUGAUGGAUUUUUUCUCCAAACCACAGUUACAUAUUUAGGUACAUACACUUGACUGCAUACACACUCAAUUUCAUUA